AUGUCGUAUUACUUUGCUAUACUUGGUACAAAUGAUGCGCCAGUUUAUGAACUAGAAAUUGGCACGUACAGACAGUCAGGAAACGGGGUUCCACAUUUACCAAACGAACUACAGGAACUCGAACAAUUUAUCUUGAAUUCCUCUCUUGAUAUAUUGCAGGAUAAUCAAUUUAAAGAUACCGGGCUAUUCUCGAAAAAUUUAGAUUCCUUUUAUGGAUACAAGAUAUUGUCAUACUUAACACAAGGCAACGGAAAGUUUUUAAUUAUGACCGAUCUGAAGAACCAUGAUGAAAGCAUUCGACAAUUUUUUAUUGAGAUUCAUGAGCUAUAUGUUAGAAAUUUACUAAAUCCCUUCUACGAAAUAAAUCAGCCUAUACGAAGUGCAGAUUUUGAUACAAGGGUCAGAGCUCUGGCGAAAAGGUAUUUAUGA